GAGCGAGCGGUUCGGCGAAGUUUGCAAGUUGCGGAGCGGCUGCAACUCGCCUUGCCUGAUGGGGCGGCUGCGCGCUUUCUGCCGUCUCCGCCGCCUCCUCGCGCCGCCGCCGCCACAAGCACCACCACUGGGUCACUCUCUGGCGCGCGGGCCCCACGCCACUGCCGCCCACGCCUCGCCCUUCUCGAGGCUCUUCUCGUCGGCCUCGGCGGUCGCGGCCGUCGCGCCCCACGAGGCCCGAGACUCGGGUUUCGGCGGCUCAGCGUACUGGGCCUGGAUUCGCGCGGCGACGGAGUCGGCUCCGGCGCCCGCGCUUCCGCCGGAGGAGGAGGACGAGGGCCCGGAGCGGUACAUCCCCGUCAAGGCCUACUUCCUCUCCACCAGCAUUGAUCUGAAGAGCAUGCAAGCAGAGCAUGGUAGUGAUAUUGUACCUCCAUCGACCCGUUUGCUCAACUACAUUGCGCUUCGGUACUCCGAAUUCCCGCCUGAGAUUAUGGACAUUGGAGUGAAGGACAGCAGAUUUUGCUAUCGCUAUGUGGUUGUUUUCCAAUAUGGUUCUGCUGUGCUUUUCAACAUUGCUGAUCAUGAAGCUGAAUACUAUCUUGAUAUAAUUAGGAAACAUGCUUCAGGAUGGCUUCCGGAGAUGAGAAAAGAUGAUUAUGCAGUGGUUGAGAAACCGUCGCUAACAACAUGGAUGAAAGGAGGUCUUGAUUAUAUAGUUCUUAAAAGUUUAGACACUGAUGGGAUUCGCAUAAUUUCAAGUGUUCUUGGUCAAAGUAUUGCCCUUGAUCAUUAUAUCCGGCAGGUUGAUGAUAUGGUUGAGGAAUUCACUGAAAUUAAUCGUGUCAUGGAGAAGACUGGCAACUUCACCAUGCAGAGAAAGAAGCUCUUUCAACUUGUAGGCAAGGCUAAUUCCAAUCUUGCAGAUGUUAUCAUCAGACUUGGUCUUUUUGACAGGUCAGAAAUUGCCUGGAAAAAUGCAAAUUAUGCACAAAUUCUGGAGUAUCUUCGGGAGGAAUAUGAACUGAAUCAGCGUUUUGGAAGCCUCGACUUCAAACUGAAAUUUGUGGAGCACAACAUCCAUUUUCUCCAAGAAGUCCUCCAAAAUAGACGGUCUGAUCUGCUGGAGUGGGGUGUCAUAAUUCUACUGACUAUUGAGAUUGCCAUCUCACUAUAUGAAAUUGUCAAGGAUUCCAACAUGAUCUCUUGAGGGUUCUCUAUCCAACAGAUCUGCGGCACUCUUAUCCACCUUCACCUAACAUCCCGAACCUAUCAUCUUGUUAUGCUAACUCCAGGCUCUCCUGUUCUUAAGAAAAAAAAGGUAAACGAAAAGGAAUACUCUAGAGUUCUCCUCUGUCCUGACACACUGCCACUUUUGAUCUGUAGCCUUAGAUGAAAACAAGUUGGGUAUGCUGCCACUUCCUAUGAUAGCUUACCUUCCUGGGCACUCUGAGUCUGACCUUUGUGAGCGUUGCAUCUUUGAAUUUCCUUUUUAUCCUUUGAUUCCAGUUCACUACUAACGAAAAAAAGUUAGUCCAAUUUUCGUAUGCCCAAUGAAUUUCAUGGCUGCCAUGGUUUUCAAAUUUAAGCAGAGUACUAGUUUUCCUUCCAGAAUUCAUAUCAGGUGUUCUUGACACAUGCACUUUGCGACAUGUGCCAGGUUUUAGUAUUUCCAUAGGACUGCUACGUCCAAUUUUUGGCAUGGCUUGAGACCAGCAGGCAGCUGCCAACUGGACCUGAUGUAAAGAAAAAAGCUCAUACUAUAGCUUUAUAAUUUGUACAAAUAUGUUUGCGUGGGAAGCCUCCCUUUGGUUUAAAUCUAAAUUGCACCGUCUAUUUCGAAUCUUACACCGGUGAGUGACAGUGACAGUGUAAUGGUUGAGUCACCAUAGGAUUUUUGACUUGUAAUUACCAUGCAUUCAACCACA